AUGCCGCACAAAAGAGCAAAGCACUCGGAUCGUGUGGCCAAACGCUUCUCGUUGGGCCAGGACCUCGCACCUGGCGCUGAUGACGGCUUCUUCUCCGAGAUGCCCAAGGGCGCCAUGCGCAUCCUACAAGGCGCCAAGGUCCAAGAAGCGUAUCGGGAAAAGCUGCAAGCUAAAAAGAAGGCUCAACAGGAGGCAUUGACAAAGGCAAAAGACAAAGCCAAAGCCUCAGAUGCCUCUGCAGCCGAUACAAACAACGCCACGGCUGCUUCCCAACUCACCAUUCGCCCGGGCGAGAAGCUGCGCGAUUUCAACGCUCGUGUCGAGCAGGCCAUGGCUUCUGACGUCCGUGCUUCUUUCCGCUCGGCGACGCGAUCGCAGAUCAAUGCACGAAAGCGCGAACGUAGAAAGCUUCGCGCGGCAGGCAUCGAUCCGGAUGCUGACCCCGAGAGUCUCGAAGAGCAGGAGUCAGCGCGCAAAGCCAAGGCAGACAAAGCAGCAGCAUUGCAGGCCAGCGAGCCUUCCAGUGCGGACCUCAAGCGUCAGCGUCAAGCGAUUCAGCAGACCGGCGAGAUCAAGGACUUUGCCAAGGCUACUCAGGUCAAGAAAAUCAACGAUGUCGCUCAGGCUCCUCCUACGCUUACACGUGCACCUCGUGGCGAGUCUGUACAGGCCAAGACGCGGAAGGCCCGCCUCAUGGCCAAGAUCACAGGCAACGACGAGGACGAGGCCGAACGCAAAGUCAAGCAGGCUGAAAUGGACCGACAAAAGGGACGUGUGCCAGCGAAGCUCGGCGCAGCAGCGAGCUCUUCAUCGGUUGCUGGUAAGAAGCGAAAGUCUGGUGCUCAGGCUGAAACAGCCUCAGAGCCCAGCAUGGCUCGACAGCGUGUGCUCGAAGAAGAGCGCGAACGAGCCAUCAAGUCCUACCGACAGAUCAAAGAGAAGAAGAUCCAGGCCAACGAAGCGAAGCGCCUCAAGAAGGUGUGA